GCGGGCACUGGGAGUGUCUGCUGGGUGUAGCAGCAGCAGCAGCCGGACGUCUCGUUAGUGUCAAUGACUUGAAAAAACACUAACAACAGCUCAGCAGGCGAAACGCUCACGGAAAACUGAGGGACAUUUUUCUUUUGUAACUUCUUCCCGCUUCCUUUCUUUCUUCCUUCCACCCCCUGUAUGACUGCGUGAAGACAAAAGACGCAGCUAUGGAGAGCUCUGUUGAGGUUUCCCAGAGUGGUGGCACCUCUAACCCCAAACCAUCUCUGGGCCCCAAACCUCGGCUCACUCCCAAGCCCUUCUCCCUGCAGAAGAACACCACCAUUCGCUCCAUCCACGCCCCAAAGACGGUCACUUCAAACUCUAAGAAAGCAAAACAGCAGACGGUAAAAUCGGAUGCUGCAGGUCUCCCCAAACCUGCAGUGACAGCGCCUGCACCGAAACCCCCUCAACAAACCACCACCAAACCCAAAACAGAUGUAACGGUCUCACCGAAAGAAAAGCCAACCAAAGAAGGCAAAGAGAGCGGAGAGGACACUCCUGAUUCCUGCGUGGGAAAAUCUGAUCCAGCCCCACAAACUGCUCCACCCAAAGUGACACCCAAGUCUGUGCCAAUCCUGAAAGACGACGUCAUCCAAGCAAACCACAAAGCAUCCACGGAAAUUGUAAAUAAACCAGAACAGAAAGAGGAAAAGAAGAAAGAAGAUGAAGCCCAGACUUCUGUGGUACAAAAUCUCGAAGAAUCAGGCGGUGACGUUUCCUCUACAGACAAUCCAGCGUAUGAAUGGGGCGGCAGCAGGAAGCGUCUGUCAAUGAAGCUCACCUCCAAGUUUGAGUCAGGUGGCCCAUGUCUGCCCCCCCAGCCAGCUUUAACCAUCACUAAAAAUGACACCAAAGAUGAUGCAAACAAGCCAGAGCCUUCAGACCCAGAGCCUUCAGACCCAGAACCUUCAGACCCAGAGCCGAGCCAGCCGACAUCAGAGCCGUCUAACAAGGAGGGCGAAGAUGGUGCGCUGCUGGGGGAAUACAGCGGAGGAGGCAGCAUCAAACGCAGAAUCAGUCUCCUGUUCGACUCCUCAUCGAAGCCAGAGACCAUGACGAAGAGAGAGGAGCCAGAAAUUAUAAAUGGUAUAGGAAGUGUGAAGGGUGUAAAGGAGAGAAUGAAAAUCUGGGCGAAGGAAACUGCCCCCGAGGAGCCUAAGACUGAGAAGAAGCCUCAGGUUGCACCCAGAUCUCGCUCCAAGAGCUUUGAGCCAGCAACUGCUCCAACACUGGAAACACCCAAGAUGCCGCCUGCUGAACCCCCUGCCCCCGAAACCUUGUCCAGUCAGGCGGCGGACCUUCCAGAAAAGGUGUGGCCCACUGAACCCCCCACAGAGACCCCAAUGGAAACAUCCAAAGACGCUCUUACUGACGUCCGGUCAACAGAGAGCUCCAAAGAGACACCAGAAGAGCCUAUGGAGAACACGUCAAUUGAAGGGGGCGUCAAACUACGCAAACAAGGCUCAUAUACACUCAACACGGAUGAGGGAGACUCCAGUGAGAGUGCUGGAAACGCUCUGAAGAGGGACAAUGUCAAACGGCGCUCUGUUCGCUUCGGUGUGGUGGAGAGAGACGACGGUGGGCCUCCAUUGAUCCUGGGCUCACCGUCUUCCAGCGAGGAUGAAGAAGAAGAAGAUGAAGAAGAUGCUUCUGAGGAUGAAGCUAAAGAGGACGUCCCUAUGCCUGUCUACAGAAGAGUAGGAGGUCUUCAGAAGAAGGAAGACCAUGAGGCGCAAAAGCAAGAAGAGGAACGCCUGAAACAUUUGGAAUUUGAAAAAAGACGGAGAGCAGAGGAACACGAACAGGCGAAACUCAAGAUGGAAGAAGAGAAAGAGAAGGCGAGGCAGAGGGAAGAAGAGGAGAGGGAGAGACUGAGGAAGGAGGAGAGGGAGAAAGAAAGGUUGAAAGAAGAGGAGAUGGAGAGGGAAAGACAGAAGGAGCUGAUGUGGCAGAGACGGAGAGAAGAGGAAAGAGAGAGGGCGAAACAGAAAGAGGAGAGACUCAAACAAGACCAGGAGGAGGAAAAAAAGAGAGAAGUUAGUAAUAAAAAGAAACAAAGUGAGGAGGAGUGGGAGAAAGAAUGGGUGAAGCAGACGGAGGGGCUAAGAAAAGAAGAAAAGCAGGAAGGAGAGAAAGAGUUGGAGUUGCAGAAACAGAGAGAAGAGGAAAGAGAGAGGGCGAUACAGAAAGAGAGACUUAGACAAGAUCAGGAGGAGAGGAAAGAGGAAAAGGACGAGAGACUGGUUAACGGCAAAGAGGAAUACAGCUUCCAGGGAAAACUGAGGGAGAUGGAGCUCAACAAAAAGAAGCAAAGAGAGGAGGAGUGGGAAAAGGCCUGGGUGAGCCAGGCUGAGAAGCCCAGAGGAGGGGAAGAACAAGAGAUGGAAAGAGAGAAAGAGAUGGAGAUGAAGAGGCAGAGGCAGAAAGAGGAGAGACUCAGACAUGAGGAGAGGGAGAAAGAAAGACUCAGAGAGGAGGCAAAGGAAAGAGACAGGGAGAGGCAAAGGGAGCUGAAAGAGCAGCAGGAGAAAGAGGAAGAGAUGGAGAGAAUGAGGCAAAUUCAGCUAGAGAGACAAAGAGAGGAGGAAAGAAGGGAAGAGGAAAGGAAGAGACGGAUAGAGGAGGAGAGAAGGGAAGAGGAAAGGAAGAGACAGAUGGAGGAAGACAGAAGGGAAGAGGAAAGGAAGAGACAGAUGGAAAAAGACAGAAGGGAAGAGGAGAGGAAGAGACAGAUAGAGGAGGAGAGAAGGGAAGAGGAAAGGAAGAGACAGAUAGAGGAGGAGAGAAGGGAAGAGGAAAGGAAGAGACAGAUAGAGGAGGAGAGAAGGGAAGAGGAAAGGAAGAGACAGAUGGAAGGAGAAAGAAGGGAAGAGGAAAGGAAGAGGCGGAUUGAGGAAGAGAGAAGGGAAGAGGAAAGGAAGAGACAGAUAGAGGAGGAGAGAAGGGAAGAGGAAAGGAAGAGACAGAUGGAAGGAGAAAGAAGGGAAGAGGAAAGGAAGAGGCGGAUUGAGGAAGAGAGAAGGGAAGAGCAAAGAAAGAGACAGGGUGAGAAAGACAGUUUUGAGGAGCUGGAGAGACAGGUGCGAGAGGAAUUUGAGAGAAAGCAUGAACAAGAACUGGAAGAAAACCGAAGAAAGGAGGAAGAGAGAGAAAGGGAGAGGCAAAUUAGGCUGAAAGAGCUUCAAGAAAAGGAAGAAGAGAUGGAGAGAAUGAGGCAAAUAAAGUUGGAGAGGCAGAGAGAGGAGGAGAGAAGGGAAGAGGAAAGAAAGAUGCUGAUCGAGAAAGAACGAGUGGAGGAGCUGGAGAGAAAACUGCGAGGGGAAUUCGAGAGAAAGCGAGCGCAAGAGCGGGAAGAAAAGCUAAAACUGGAGGAAGAGAGGAAAAAGCAAGAAAGGGAGAGAGCGUUAGAGAGGGCAGAGUCAAAUUUAAUCAGCUUUGACUCUGAAGAUGUGCCUCAGAAGUCGCCCCUUUCCCCCACAAAGAGUGAGGUGGAGCUUGUGUACGACGACUUCUCCGUCCGGGUGCCGGAGCUGCCGGUGGUUUAUGACGACUUCUCAGUCAAACCCAAGAGAUGGGGCUCGCAGCCCAAAGCAGACCCCACUCCGCUCCUGCAGAGCCGGGCAGAACUCUCCGAGAACAGACAGGAAGUCGUUGACGUGUUCGCGCCCCUGGAAAACAGAGCGCGUGAGCAGGUGGAAAAAACAAGCAUCUCCGAGCCGACAAUAACCCCGGAAAGUCCAGGGAGAGAGGACAAAGAGGAAGAGGUGGAGGAGCGGAGUCCAGAGGAGGAACAGCUCAUCUUCAUGGAGGUGGAGGAGGAGGAGGAGGAGGAGGAGGAGACACCGAGGGAAGAAGAGGAGGAGGUGGAGGAAGACGAGCUAAAGGCACCUGUUAACAGUUAUAGUCCAGCGGGGGAAGACACUGAUGCUUUGAUAGACAAUGAGCCCGAGCAGCAGAAUGAGGCCGGCGAGCAGACACCUGACACUGACAGCCCCGAGCCGAUCUCUGACCAGGUUCCUGAAGACUCCUCUGAUACCACUGACUUCCACAGAGAGCCGGAGCAGGCUCCAUUCCCUGAGAGCUCCACUCCUCUCCUCGACACCAGCGCUCAGAGAUCCAAGGCAGAUCUGGGUAAGCAGCGAAGUCGGGCGCGUCCGACACGCUCGAUGCGUGGAGGUUUCUCUCCAAAGGAAAAUCAGGACUGGAGGUCCCGGGACUCCACAGAUGAAAGGAAGGCAUCUUCUAAGAAAAGGGAUUCAGACUCUGAGGAGGAGCAGCCUAAACCGAAGAUAGCUCGUUCUCCUGCCUCCUCUCAGAGAGUCCCCAUGUUCCCUGGUUUGAGCCCUGCAUCCCUGAUUGCUCAGCUGAAAAGGAGAACCGUUGGGGGAGGAACCGGAGGAGGAGAGGAAAAAGAAGACAAGAGAAGAGAAGAGAAGGAAAGGCCAAAUGAGGAAGCAGCUCCAUCUCCCUCACAACCCUCCCACUCUCCUCGCUCGGCCGCUCAUCUCGCCGGGGCGGCACGCGUCCUGCCCCCCAUAGGUGGCAGGGACGGAAGGGCUGUCUCCUCUCCCGCCUGGCUGAAAGAACUGAAGUCUAAGAAGCGCCUGAGUCAGCACGACGGCGAGGCUUAGCCAUACGCAGGUGAGCAAUAUGGGCAAGGAGACACUGGGACAUGGCUGUUCAGCAAGAAUCAAUCCAUCUCAGCUGCUGCUGCUGCUGGCAGAAACCUUGCCAUGAUUGCUCCAUUUUCCACUUUAAGUGCCUUAUUUUGGACACUUACUCAGAAAUACAACAGGGGUCUUCAGGCUUUUCGUGAACGUAGUGGCCAUCAAGAACUUGUCUGGCCUGUAUAUGAAAUAUGGUGCCAAGUCUGUGAUUUGUUAAUACCAAGAACAUGAUUUAUUUUCUGCUGUAUAGAGGCUCAAUGGAGGCGAAUUACCCUGAUGUAAUUCCGAGCAAAGCCCUAGACUGUCUUAUUGUUUGAAUGUAUUCGUCCAAUAUAUACUGAAAGGGACCGGUGACACUAGGCUUCAGCAGGGUACUGCCCGUCACACACACACCUAUGUACAGAACAUACUGAAUAUAAAUAUAGAUUGCACCUUGUGUGUUUUUAGUUAAAAUUGUACAAAAUGCCUUUUACAUUAUCUUUCCAAUCACAAGUAAACCUUUAAGCACUUUAAGAAACAUUUUUAUAAAUGACAGUACAUCUAAGCAAUACAAUUAUCAAGUACCUUACUGUAGUAUCAUGUUCGUUCGAUUUAAAAAAAAAAGUUUCACCAUGUAUGUCUGUUCUCUUUCCAGUCCCAAAAUGUAAAAUGAACAAUGACUAGGAUUUUGCCAAGAAAAAGGUUUUGACUCAUACGACAAAUAAUCCCUCCAUCAUUUAUGAUCAACCGGAUUGUGUGGCAUCUUGGAACUGUUGUGUUUCCAAAAUGAAAUCAACACAUUUUUCUUAUUGUGCCUUAAAAGAUGCGUUUCCUGGAUUUUGUCCAAUCGUCCAAUAGCUUGUCCGAACAUCACCAGUGAGCUGGUGAAGUAAAUGUCCAGCAUGCUGUAACAGAAUCAGGAAUUGUUUUUGUAAAAUAUUAAACCCAGAAAAAUGGAAUCAUCUGCUCUAGAUGCUUUUAUGUGCCUUUUUUAAUGUUAAAGAGUGGCUGUCAUCAAUGCAGUAAUCAUUUAUGAUCAAUGUAAUGUAUAAUAAGAGGAAAUUGAGGGAAUUUUAUUAAAACUUUUUCUAUAAAAUGCAA